ACAGGUAUCAUGUUCUCAACAAUCAGAACAGGAGUGACGACACUCAGAUCAAGGAGCUGCUGGAGAAGAUUGAGGAGACAGUGGCACAAAACAAUGGCUGCCAUUUUGAAAUAGACAGAAAGAUUUUACAGGAGAUGAAAGAGAGAAGAAGAGCAGAGGAAGAGAGAGCAAAAGAACGAAUGAAGAGGAUGAAAAAACAGAGAGAAAACAUCAGAUCACAGAUGAGUGAUGCCCAACAUCUCUCAGAGCUGAGGAUUGUGUUAAUGGGUUAUAGACUUGCUGGUAAGAGUUCAACAGGAAACACCAUCCUGGGCAAAGAGGAGUUUGACUUGAAGAGAUCUGCUCAGUGUGUGAGGAGACAUGGAGAAGUAGCAGACAGACACAUCACUGUCAUUGAAGCUCCAGGAUGGUGGAGGAAUUACACUGUAGAGGAGAGUCCUGAGUUACUGAAACAGGAGAUUUUGCUCAGUGUGUCUCUGUGUCCUCCAGGACCACAUGCUGUACUACUGAUCAUAUGUGUGGACACUAUAUUAAAGACUCAGAGAAAAGCAUUGCAGGGGCAUCUGAAUCUUCUCGGUGAGAGAGUCUGGAGUCACACUAUAGUGCUGUUCACUCAUGGAGACUCUCUGUUAGACACAUCUAUAGAGCAGCACAUUGAGAGUGAAGGGCAGGAUCUCCAGUGGCUGCUGGACAAAUGUGGGAACAGGUAUCAUGUUCUCAACAAUCAGAACAGGAGUGACGACACUCAGAUCAAGGAGCUGCUGGAGAAGAUUGAGGAGACAGUGGCACAAAACAACGGCUGCCAUUUUGAAAUAGACAGAAAGAUUUUACAGGAGAUGAAAGAGAGAAGAAGAGCAGAGGAAGAGAGAGCAAAAGAACGAAUGAAGAGGAUGAAAAAUCAGAGAGAAAACAUCAGAUCACAGAUGAGUGACACUCAGUGUCUCUCAGAGCUGAGAAUUGUGUUAAUGGGGCAUAAAUGUACUGGUAAGAGUUCAACAGGAAACAGCAUCCUGGGCAGAGAGGAGUUUGACUUGAAGAGAUCUGCUCAGUGUGUGAGGAGACAUGGAGAAGUAGCAGACAGACACAUCACUGUCAUUGAAGCUCCAGGAUGGUGGAGUGAUUACACUGUAGAGGAGAGUGCUGAGUUGCUGAAACAGGAGAUUUUGCUCAGUGUGUCUCUGUGUUCUCCAGGACCACAUGCUGUACUACUGAUCAUACGUGUGGAUAAUAUAUUUAAAGAGAAACAGAGAAAAGUAUUGCAGGGGCAUCUGAAUCUUCUCGGUGAGAGAGUCUGGAGUCACACUAUAGUGCUGUUCACCUGUGGAGACUUUCUGUUAGACACAUCUAUAGAGCAGCACAUUGAGAGUGAAGGGCAGGAUCUCCAGUGGCUGCUGGACAAAUGUGGGAACAGGUAUCAUGUUCUCAACAAUCAGAACAGGAGUGACGACACUCAGAUCAAGGAGCUGCUGGAGAAGAUUGAGGAGACAGUGGCACAAAACAACUGCCAUUUUGAAAUAGACAGAAAGAUUUUACAAGAGAUGAAAGAGAGAAGAAAAGCAGAGGAACAGAGAGCAAAAGAACGAAAAAAGAGGAUAAAAAAACAAAGAGAUGACAUCAGAUCACAGAUGAGUGACACCCAACAUCUCUCAAAGCUGAGGAUUGUGUUAAUGGGGCAUAAACUUGCUGGUAAGAGUUCAACAGGAAACAGCAUUCUGGGCAGAGAGGAGUUUGACUUGAAGACAUCUGCUCAGUGUGUGAGGAGACAUGGAAAAGUAGCAGACAGACACAUCACUGUCAUUGAAGCUCCAGGAUGGAGGAGGAAUUACACAGUAGAGGAGAGUCCUGAGUUACUGAAACAGGAGAUUUUGCUCAGUGUGUCUCUGUGUCCCCCAGGACCACACGCUGUACUGCUGAUCAUACGUGCAGAUGGUAGAUUUAAAGAGACUGAGAGAAAAGCACUGCAGGGGCAUCUGGAUCUUCUCGGUGAGAGAGUCUGGAGUCACACUAUAGUGCUGUUCACUCAGGGAGACUCUCUGUUAGACACAUCUAUAGAGCAGCACAUUGAGAGUGAAGGGCAGGAUCUCCAGUGGCUGCUGGACAAAUGUGGGAACAGGUAUCAUGUUCUCAACAAUCACAACAGGAGUGACGACACUCAGAUCAAGGAGCUGCUGGAGAAGAUUGAGGAGACAGUGGCACAAAACAAUUGCCCUAUUAGGAAGAAAAGCAGCCCUAUUAAAAUACAAGGAAUGGAUAAUCGAAUAAAAUCAGAAGAGGGAAUGCAGCCAUGGAGAGAUCACAGAUCACAGACAAUCAGUGAUGCUGAAGGAUCUGGUCUGUGCUCUGUGGCAAGUUCUGCUUAUGGUUCAUUUAGAUCAUCUGGAUCAGACAUCAGCUCAAUUUUUGGGUCUUUGCAUUCUAUAGAUGCAUCUCUAAGCAGACAUAAGUCAGGGGUCAGGAAAAUAUUUAACAGCAUGGAAUUCACACCUCCACUGAUGAGUGGAGAUGAGAGGUCGAACACAUUGUCUCUGGGAAGUUCUGCUUAUGAUUCAUUUAGAUCAGAAGCAGACAUCAGGUCAUCACGUUCCAGAGAUUCAUCUCACACAAGAAGACAUGAGUCUUGUGUCCAAGAAAUGGGUAACAGCAUGGAAUUCACACCACCACUGAUGAGUGGAGAAGAGAGGUUGGACAUGAGAUCUGUGGCAAGUUCUGCUUAUAGUUCAUUCAGAUCCCUGUCAGGAUCAGACAGAAGUUUGGUUUUUAGCUCAUCACACUCAAAAGUUUCAUCUCACAGCUCAGGAUUCGGGUCUGUGCCUCCCAUUUCUGAGUCUGUUGAACAUUCAAAACCCAGCAGAACACAAGAUGUCCUCAAGAUCUCAAAACAUGAGCACAAAGACAUUGAUUCAAACACUGAAGUGACGUGACGGCUGAAUAAUCCUGACACCAUGUUUUAGUGUAAAAUAUACAAAACCACUUAAGAUCAUAAUCAAAUAAUUCUAUAAAAAUGAUAUAAACAACAAACCUAUAAAUCAAGUAUUUUGUGUGUAACUACUGGCAUGAACAUUAGUGAUAACUUUUAUUUUACAUACAGAACAAAAGGGCAUUUUUGGUGUAAUCAUUUCAAAAUCUACAAUAUCACACAUUUCUCUAUAAUUUAUAUACAUUAUUUCACAGUACUCAUCACAUUUUUCCAAAUUAAGCCUUAAAAUAAAUGCAUGGAUCAGCAUGUAAUCACUGACAAAAAUAUUAAGUAUUAUCCUUGUCUACAACAGGUUUUGGUAUUUCCUAUAGGUUUAGCAAAUGAUCCAAGAAGUUUUUUUUUUUUUUUUUUUUUUUUUUUUUUUUUUUAAAUACAGCUGCCAAUGUUAUUGUUCUUUUGGACAGGCCGGAAAAAUAGGGAAACAGUCAGCCAUUAAAGUGCUAUAUU